GUGUAAUCGGGAUUAAAGCCUGGCAACCUUGUGCAGUUCUUUUGUGGAUUCGUCGUCAAAAUAAAGAGGGCUAAAAUUCUUGAAUAAUUGGAUUUUACUUGAAAAAUUACAAAACAUAUAAAAUGGCAGACUCAGAUGUAGUGGACUUGGAUUUAACAAUCGAUAAUUUAGUUCCGAAGAGUCCCGAAAGGGUGGCUGAAGAAAAGAAGGAAAGUGGUAAUCAUUUGUAUAAAUUCAAAAAUUACAAGGGAGCCCUGGCUAUGUACGAUGAAGCUAUACAACUGUGCCCUGAGAAUGCAGCAUACUACGGCAACAGGUCUGCAUGCUACAUGAUGCUGGGCAUGUACAAGAAAGCCCUCGAUGAUGCUGUGAAAGCAGUCACUCUGGAUUCUACAUUUACAAAGGGUUAUAUCCGCAUGGCCAAAUGUUGCAUCGCAUUGGGAGACCUGUCGGGCGGCGAGCAGGCGGUCCGGCGAGCCAUCGAGCUGGGCGGCGCCGAGUGCGCGUCCAGCGAGCGGCGUGCGCUGGAGACGCUGCGCAAGCUGCACGAGGACGCUCAGCGCGCCAUGGAGGCCAACGACUACCGUCGCGUGGUCUUCUGCAUGGACCGCUGUCUUGACUACAGUCCCUCUUGCACUAAGGCGAAGCUCACAAAAGCAGAAUGUUUAGCAAUGCUUGGGCGCUGUCAAGAGGCUCAAGAAAUUGCAAACGAUUCGUUAAGAUUCGACAGUUUUGAUACUGAGGCUAUUUACGUGCGCGGACUCUGCCUUUAUUUUGAGGAUAAAGAUGAACAGGCAUUCAAGCAUUUCCAACAAGUUUUAAGACUUGCUCCAGAUCAUAAGAAGGCUAUGGAAACUUACAAAAAGGCGAAACUGCUCAAGCAAAAGAAAGAGGAAGGUAAUGAGGCAUUCAAAAUGGGCAGAUGGCAGCAAGCUUUGAGCCUGUAUAAUGAAGCUUUGACUAUUGACAAAAACAAUAAAAUUGUCAAUGCCAAGCUGUACUUCAACAAAGCCACAGUUUGUGCAAAACUGAACCAGAUUAAAGAAGCCGCUGAGGCUUGCACAGCUGCCCUUGAAUUAGAUGAAAACUACGUGAAAGCUCUACUUCGACGUGCUAAAUGUUACACUGAACUCGGCGAAUUUGAAGAGGCUGUCAAAGAUUAUGAAAAACUGUAUAAGAUUGAUAAGAGCAAGGAAAACAAGCAACUGUUGCAUGAAGCGAAAAUAGCUCUUAAGAAAUCGAAACGCAAAGAUUACUACAAAAUACUUGGCAUUGAUAAGAGUGCAUCUGAAGAUGAAAUCAAAAAAGCUUACAGGAAGCGUGCCCUGGUGCACCACCCGGACCGCCACGCGGGCGCGCCGGACACGGAGCGGCGCGAGCAGGAGCGGCGCUUCAAGGAGGUGGGCGAGGCCUACGGCGUGCUCAGCGACCCCAAGAAGCGCGCGCGCUACGACCACGGCCAGGACCUCGACGACGACGGCUCCGGCAUGGCAGAUAUUGACCCUAACGUCGUAUACCAGACUUUCUUCAACCGCGGUGGCCAGCAUUUCGAUUUUCAUUCAGGCGGUGGGUUCCCGGGAACUGCUUUCAGCUUUCAAUUUGGUUAAUUUCCUUAUUUCCGUUUCAUAAAACAAUUUUGACAAUCAACAAAUGUUAUGCAUAAAUUAAUAAAUUUGUAUGUGUACUUUAUAGAAUUAAAAAAGUAUAGUUCUAGCUGAACACAUAUACAUCAUUCCACAUUAAAAAUGUAAAUGUUUCUGAAAGAGUGAUUGAUUUUUGGCAAAAAAUUUGGUUUUAUUUUUUCCUUUAUAUGAACAGAUAAAAGGAGUGCUCUGUUUAAAUACUUAUGUGACUGCCAUACACUAUCACGACAAACUGUGAACAAGUAUGUUGUCGGGCACAUUGAACUUGUAACAAUUGUACAUUAAUGGUGUUGCGUUCAGAACUCUAGUACCUAAUUAUUAUAAUAAUGACUGAUUUGGUUAAGUGAUUUUUUGAUUGUUAGCCCCACAAGCCUAGUUGUGUGAACAUGCUUUAUGUAAUUAAGGGCUGAUUUUUCAAUCGCCAGAUAACUUUUAUCUGAGGAAUAUUUUUAACGUUUUGACAGGUUUUGUAUGGAAAAUAUGUCAAACCGCCAUAUUUAUUCCUCAGAUAGAGGUUAACUGAUGAUUGAAAAAUCGGCCCUUAAUAAUAAAACUAGAAAAUAACUAACUACCUCGGGAUUUUUAAUGUAUUGCCCCCUGUCUGCCCGAAGGUUGUUAAAUAAGUGAAAGGAAAAAUACGAAAAUCUUUCAAAAAAUGUAUAAUAACUAAAACAUUUAUCUGGUUAAAAAUACCCUGCCAAACAAUAGAAUUGAUAGCUGAUUUAUUUUAAUUCGAAUUUUAAUGUUGUGUCCUGGAUGAGCAGAACAGAGUCCAUUCUCUUUCAUCUUCUUUGAGUCGGAAAUACAUGAUUGUUAUAUUUAUGUAUGUGUAAGUAGAUACAAGAAUUUCAAGUUGCUGUUUGCAAAAUGAAAGUAAUCUGAACAUAUUUACUCUAUCUGUAUAUAACAAAGAAAAUAAUGCGUGAAAAUGUAAACUAAGAAUGUAUUUUGUUUAAUCCCUUGUUUAAGAUUGGGUAUUGUGUUCAAUCAUCAAGUAGAAUUAAAUAAUCUAGUUAUACCUAGCUUAUAACUGAUCAAGUUUCAAAAAUAAAUAGUUAUAAAUCAAGAACUUUCACAGUAGUUUUAAUGUUAUACAUGAAUGGAACUCAAUUACUUAUUGCAUGGAAAUAAAUGAAUCCUAACUGGA